GCCGAACGUGAUCAGACGGAUCACCCGGCUUGAUCGCAAGGAGGCAUGCAAUCUCUGUCCCAUACCAGCUAGCAUAGCAACCACACACAUCUACCGAGACCAGAAGUUUGCUCGUAGAGACACGGAUCGCAGUCAUAUUUUAUUUAAUGAUAGUUGUUAAGGCAUAGCUGCACUGUUGUCUAUAGAAAUAUAGAUCUACCACAUCGGAGUGACCAGGAUGGAAUGGCAGCCAGAUGAACAGGGUCUGCAGCAAGUGCUCCAGCUACUCAAGGACUCCCAGUCUCCAGACACGGCCACACAGAGAGCUGUGCAGGAAAAACUGGAGCAGCUUAACCAGUUUCCAGAUUUCAACAACUAUCUAAUUUUUGUCCUGACGAGCCUCAAGUCUGAAGACGAGCCCACUCGCUCUCUGAGCGGUCUCAUACUGAAGAACAAUGUAAAGGCUCAUUACCAGAACUUCCCUCCCAACGUGGCGGACUUCAUCAAACGAGAAUGCCUCAACAACAUCGGAGACCCUUCACCGCUUAUCAGAGCCACGAUCGGCAUUCUGAUCACGACCAUAGCCUCUAAAGGAGAGCUGCAGACUUGGCCUGAGCUGCUUCCUCAGCUCUGUAACCUGCUCAACUCAGAGGACUAUAACACCUGCGAGGGUUCUUUUGGAGCACUGCAGAAGAUCUGCGAGGACUCAUCCGAGCUGUUGGACAGUGAUGCUCUGAACAGACCUCUCAACAUCAUGAUCCCCAAAUUCCUCCAGUUUUUCAAACACUGCAGCCCCAAGAUCAGGUCUCACGCUAUAGCAUGUGUGAACCAGUUUAUCAUUGGCCGAGCUCAGGCUCUGAUGGAUAACAUUGACACUUUUAUCGAGAGCCUGUUUGCUCUGGCUGGUGACGAGGACAGCGAAGUGCGGAAGAACGUGUGCAGGGCCCUUGUGAUGCUGCUGGAAGUCCGCAUUGACCGCCUCAUCCCACACAUGCACAGCAUCAUCCAGUAUAUGCUGCAGCGGACACAGGACCCAGAUGAGAACGUGGCUCUGGAGGCCUGUGAGUUCUGGCUGACUCUGGCUGAGCAGCCCAUCUGUAAGGAGGCCCUGUCUGGUCACUUGGUCCAACUGAUCCCAAUUUUGGUGAAUGGGAUGAAAUACUCUGAGAUAGACAUCAUUCUUCUAAAGGGUGACGUUGAAGAGGACGAGACGAUUCCAGACAGCGAGCAAGACAUCAAGCCUCGCUUCCACAAGUCCCGCACUGUCACCCUGCAGCACGAAGGAGGGGAGGACGAGGAGGGGGAGGACAUCGACGAAGAUGAGGACGACGACGAUGACACGCUGUCUGACUGGAACCUACGGAAGUGUUCGGCUGCAGCUCUGGACGUUCUUGCCAACGUGUUUCGUGAGGAGCUGCUGCCUCACCUCCUGCCCCUGCUCAAAGGCCUGCUUUUCCACCCCGACUGGGUCAUCAAGGAGUCUGGCAUCUUAGUGCUGGGGGCAAUAGCUGAAGGCUGCAUGCAGGGCAUGGUACCUUACUUGCCAGAGCUCAUCCCCCACCUCAUCCAGUGUUUAUGCGACAAGAAGGCCUUGGUGCGCUCCAUCGCCUGCUGGACCCUCAGCCGAUACGCCCACUGGGUUGUCAGCCAGCCCCCUGACGCUCACCUCAAGCCUCUCAUGACCGAACUGCUCAAACGCAUCCUGGACGGCAACAAAAGAGUGCAAGAGGCGGCAUGCAGCGCCUUCGCCACCCUGGAGGAGGAGGCCUGCACGGAGCUGGUGCCUUACCUGAGCUUCAUCCUGGACACGUUGGUUUUUGCUUUUGGGAAGUACCAGCACAAGAACCUGCUCAUCCUGUACGACGCCAUAGGAACCCUGGCAGACUCCGUGGGACACCACCUCAACCAGCCGGAGUACAUCCAGAAGCUGAUGCCUCCGCUGAUCGCGAAAUGGAACGAGCUGAAGGACGAGGACAAGGAUCUCUUCCCCCUCCUCGAGUGUCUGUCGUCUGUAGCCACGGCGCUGCAGAGCGGCUUCCUCCCCUACUGCGAGCCCGUCUACCAGCGCUGCGUCACUCUGGUCCAGAAGACUCUGGCUCAGGCCAUGAUGUACAGUCAGCAGCCGGACCAGUAUGAAGCGCCUGACAAGGACUUCAUGAUCGUGGCCCUGGACCUUUUAAGUGGCUUAGCUGAGGGACUCGGGGGCCAUGUGGACACCCUGGUGGCCCGCAGUAAUAUCAUGACCCUGCUCUUCCAGUGCAUGCAGGAUACGAUGCCCGAGGUGAGGCAGAGUUCGUUUGCUCUGCUGGGCGACUUGACCAAGGCCUGCUUCCCCCAUGUCAAACCGUGCAUUGCUGAAUUCAUGCCGAUCCUCGGAACAAACCUGAACCCAGAGUUCAUCUCUGUCUGCAACAACGCCACCUGGGCCAUAGGAGAGAUCUGCAUGCAGAUGGGAGUGGAGAUGCAGCCAUACAUUGCAAUGGUUCUGAACCAGCUGGUUGAGAUUAUCAAUCGGCCCAACACUCCCAAGACUCUGUUGGAGAACACUGCAAUCACCAUCGGCCGACUGGGCUAUGUGUGUCCUCAGGAGGUUGCUCCCAUGCUGCCACAGUUUAUCCGACCAUGGUGCACGUCUCUGAGGAACAUCCGGGACAACGAGGAGAAAGACUCGGCCUUCCGUGGGAUUUGCAUGAUGAUUGGCGUGAACCCUGGAGGUGUGGUGCAGGAUUUCAUCUUCUUCUGCGAUGCGGUGGCCUCCUGGGUGAAUCCUAAAGACGACCUGAGAGACAUGUUCUACAAGAUCCUGCACGGUUUCAAGGAGCAAGUCGGGGAGGAGAAUUGGCAGCAGUUUUCAGAGCAGUUCCCCCCACUGCUGAAGGAAAGACUGGCAGCCUGCUACGGCGUUUAGACACUCUCAAGACACACCCAAGAGGUGAGCCGGCUGGAGGAGGGUGAAUGGGAAACUCAUCCAUCUGUGUAUUGCACUGCCCUGAUCUGGGGGGAGGGAGAGGGACGCUAUUGGCCGCUCCCCCUGAUGGACGGCCCCCACGCCCUAUGUGUUUGUCCAUAGAGGGAGGGUGGGCGGGUGGGAGGGAGGGACAGGGGGACACCUCUAGAUUAACUUGGCAGGGACCCGACACAGAAAAACUAACUGGUAGGGACAGAUAGAAGAGAGAGACAGAGAGAAGGACUCGGAGGAGGAGACGAAGGGGGUAGAGAUGUUGGGAAGGAGGGAGGCAGGGAAAUAGACCAGCACAGAGAAAGUUCAGGGAAAGCGAGGGAGGGGGAAAUUAAUAACGAGGCAGGGAAAAGGAGCCACAGAAAGGUCUGUUACUUGGCUGGGAGGACAGGGACAGUUGAGAUUUUAAUGGGAUUCUUAAGUGUAACCGAUAGCUUGACUGACAGACAGACCAACGUACACAGACUCACACAUAAACUUGCACAUGCUGUACAUGCAGUACAUGGAACAGACUGUGGGUGGCACUAUUAUUUUGACUUUUUGAGACCUGCUACAUGUAGUUAGGGACAGACAGGUGUCUAACUCUGUUCAUUUUCUGGGUGGUAUCUUUCUUUUCCCGGGGAAUAGGAUUCAAUUUAAAUUACUUCAUCCGUAGUCACUGAACUCUACUUAACUGUAAGAUAAUCUCGCUAUCCUCAUCUAUGUUUCCUACCUUCAUUCUGACCAGAGUGCUGCUUCACAGAGCUAUCCAUCUAUCGGACAUAUUCCUGUCACAUGUUCUACCUGAUCAAUCGAGAGAGCGAGAAGAGAGAAAAAGAGAAAAGAGCAAGCGUCUUUCCUUGUAGCUUCACAGAAACCAUUCCUCUAGGAAGGGAGGAUUAGGGCUAACACAUUUGUUUUCUCACCAGAGGGGGAGGAAAUCAUACAAAGAAAAUCACAUCCUUAGUUGUCUCUUUGCGGUUUUGUGUGCGUAUGUGUGAGUGUGCGUGCGCGUGUGCAUGUGCAGUUUGUAAAACCCUUACUUCGGCAUUCUGUGUUAACAGUGCGUGAAACAUGUAUUGUUUUUGAUAUGGUACCGAGCUAAAACUUGACUCCCACCGCAAUGUCCUUGGCACCUGUUAACUGUGACCAAGUGUGUGUGUGUGUGAGUGAAGCGUGUAUGUGUUUGUCUACAUUCGUACUGAUAUCCAUUUGAUGCCAUAUCGAUAUCUUAAGUAAAACAGUGAUUGGCAGUGUCAUUGUGAUCUUUAUAAUGUUUUAAAACUGGUCCAUAUUAUUAUAAUUUUUUUUAUUUUAUUGUUUAUUUUUUUGUUUAUUUUGUUUUGCUGCUACUGAUGAAUUUUGUUUCUAUAUUGGACUUAAAUUCGCACACUUAACACAAAAAAUUGAAUUAAUGCUAUUUUCAGUGACUGUUAAGUUGUUUUUUUGCACUUUUUAUUUUAUUUUACCGUUUUCAUUUAUUUUUUUUUUGUAAGGAUUUAUUUUUUAACCUCACCCAUAUGAUAUGUCUUGACCCUAAUGUCAGUGUUUGUCAUACUGUGUUGCACUGUGAAAUUAAGUGUCUAUGACUGGCAAAAAUAUCCCAAUACUAAAUGGCAAAUAAAAACAACUUUGUGAAACUGCGACUAAUCCGCACUUUUACAAUGACUAACCUUGCCAUAUUGCUGAGGUGUGUGCGUGUGUGAGAGAGAUCCUUGCAUGAGUAUGCGCGCAUGAGUACCUUUUUUUUUUUUACCUAUGAGCAUGUUUUAGAAAGUUAGCUCCGUUCAUAUAAUGUGUGCACAGUAGGAGUGCAAGUUCAUUUUAUUUUUUUUUUAAAGGUGUCCGUAGCCUGCCCUGGCCUACCUUGUGUGCAUGCUCUAUGUCUGUGUUUCCCACUGUGUGAAUGUGUGUGUGUUUGCGUGUGUGUGUGCUGUAGUGUAUAUUUCAGAGCAUAUUUUGGAGUGAUUGCCCUUUACACGCCAACACACCACCUCGAAUUCGCAACCAGAAAGAUAGCACGGUACGCUUAACAAAAAAUAAGAGCUAGGACACUGCCAAAGAGCAAUAGCCACUGAAAUUUAUGACGCAGACGGUAAGCCAGGCCGCUCCGUAAGUACCGUGCUGAUGUAGAAGUACAGAGACAGCAGGGCUUUUUAUGGUUAAUCAUAGUUAAUAAUUGAUUACAGGGAUCUAUAUUUUUAUGUCGAUAAUCUGCCAGUGUUUUGCAGCGUGUGGACAUUUGGAAACAGUCGUUGGCACUUGAUUAGACCCGGACUGUGACCUAAUCUCAUUAGUCGCUUAAAAUACAAGACAAUCUGAAAACCCAGUCUAAUUCUAUUUCCAUGGUUCAAAGCUUGCACAAGAGAAAGCUAAUUUUGGUGUUUAUUAUUAUUUUUAUUUUUUUUUGUAAUUGGAAGAUCAGUGUACAUUUUCUUAGGAUGAUACAGUCGUCUGCUUUCAGUGAUGGAACACGCUGAGUUUUAAGGGAAGGAAGGGAGAACGGGCGUCUUGAAUAGAAGGAGUGUCUUUUUCUAAAGUGUUUAUAUAAUGAAAAGCAUGAUAUUGUUGCGAUGCGGCAGAAAGACUUUGGAACUUUUUGUUUUUCUGUGGAUUGCUUUCGCCAGUCGUGUUCCCUAUUAUUUUGAAGGCGGGAAUGGAAAUAAAGUGCUUUUGAGUCUA